UUAAUGUGCUUUUUCUGUAUUAGUUGUGUUAGCUCAUGUGUCGAUGCUUCAUUCGCCUGAUAUACUUGUAUUGAAUAACUUUUAUAGAAAACUUUAAAUUCAGUCUUACUUCGUCUGUUGUAUUGAGCGGUGGCUUACUCAAAUAGAAAGAACUUGGUCAUGUCUGUGGGUCGUGUUUUAAUAUAUGGUGGUAAAGGAGCUUUGGGAGCAGCAUGUGUUUCACAUUUCAAAGAUAACAAUUAUUGGGUUGGCAGUAUAGAUUUGAAUGAAAAUGAUCGGGCUGAUGUUAGCAUCGUUGUACCUCGCGAUUCCUCUUGGAUCGAGCAAGAGCAAGAGGUUCUUGGAAAAGUUGGUGAUGCUUUGCAAAAUAAUAAAUUGGAUGCUGUUAUUUGCGUGGCUGGUGGUUGGGCGGGCGGCAAUGCUGAAAAAGAUUUGGCUAAAAAUGCCGAUUUGAUGUGGCGUCAAAGUGUGUGGACCUCCACCAUUUCGGCAACGGUAGCUGCUCAUUACCUUAAGCCGGGUGGUCUGCUUGCUUUAACUGGUGCUCAGCCAGCCUUAAAGGGCACACCAGGCAUGAUUGGUUAUGGUCUAGCCAAAGCUGCGGUACAUCAGCUAACUCAUUCAAUGGCAGGUAAAAAUUCAGGUUUACCGGAAGGCGCUUUCGUUGUGUCUAUAUUGCCAGUUACGUUGGAUACUCCAAUGAAUCGAAAAUGGAUGCCCAAAGCUGAUUUUGCCACCUGGACACCACUUAAUGAGAUAGCUGGGAUUUUUCACAAAUGGACUAAAGGAGAACAACGCCACAAAAAUGGUGCUUUAAUACAACUCAUAACUAAGGAUGGUACUACUCAGUUAGUGGAAUCGGAUUAGAUUGUAAUGUAAUAAAUAAUUUAGCAUUUGUUGUCUAUAUUUCAAUGUCUAUAUGAAUAUCAUUCAACUAAUCGAAUAUCUAUUAAAACGCUCCAACUGCAAAUAUUA